AGCAGCAGCAGCAGCAGCGGCGGCUCGCGAGGCCGGGACUCUCGCGCGCAUCGCCCGUACCCCUGGCCCGGGCCUCGGGCUGAGCGACCGGCUCCUGGAGCGCGCAGCGAGCGCCGAUGUGUCCCGUUCGAAAGUACGGAGAAGGAGUGGCGUCCGCUUCUACGCGGAAUUUACUUCGUUUUUACUGCGCGGGGACGCGGACCGGUAACGAGGGGGGGAGCAGGAGCAGGGGCAGGGACUCCCCUCAUACGUGGCACCUCUCGCCCGCGCACACGGUGAAACGCUGCUGUGUUUACGAACCACUCGGACACACGGGCUGACACACACACAUAUAUAUAUAUAUAUAUAUAUAUAUAUAUAUAUAGAGAGAGAAAAAACACAGAAAAGGUGCAAAACCGCCCUUUUGAAGAGUCUAACGCUUCCAUCACGCAGCUCGGCUGCUGGACCGAGGAGCGCACCCCCCCCUUUCCGUCUCCUCGCGCUGGGGGCGGGGCGAGGCGAGCGGUUCUUUGGGACGACUGUGUCUCUGGCGGGUGGAGGGUGUCACUGUUCCCCCGCCGGACCCGCAGCAGACAUGGCGGCUCUCGGCACCCUCCUCCCGCUCGCCGUCGCCGUCGUCCUCGCGCUCCGCUAUCCGGCCGCGGGCCAGUUCGAGAAGUACAGCUUCCGGAGCUUCCCGCGCCACGAGCUCAUGCCGCUCGACUCGGCGUACCGGCACGCGCUCGACCAGUACACGGGCGAGAAGUGGCAGGAGAGCGCCGAGUACCUGGAGAUGAGCCUGCGGAUCCACCGGCUGCUCCGCGACAGCGAGGCCUUCUGCCACCUCAACUGCAGCGCGGCCCGCGUGCACGGCGAGGAGGAGCAGCUCGCGGACGAGCAGCGCUUCGCCGCGUUCCCGGAGCUGCGCGCCUUCGCCAACGUGGCGCGGCGCGCGCAGUGCCUGAGGAGGUGCAAGCGCGGGCUUCCCGCCUUCCGACAGACGAUGCCGCAGCGCGAGACGCUCGACGAGUUCGCGAGGAGGGAGCCCUACAAGUACCUGCAAUUCGCCUACUACAAGUCCAACAACGUGGCCAAGGCCGUGUCGGCCGCGCACACCUUCCUGCUGAAACACCCGGACGACGAGAUGAUGAAGAGGAACAUGGAGUACUACCGGAGUCUGCCGGGGGCCGAGGAGCAUCUCCGCGACCUGGAGAGCAAGUCCUACGAGACGCUGUUUGUCAGGGCCGUGCGGGCCUACAACGGGGAGAACUACCGCACGUCGGUGUCUGACAUGGAGCUGGCCCUGCGCGACUUUCUCAAGGUGUACGACGAAUGUGUGGCGGCAGCUGAGGGCUCCAGGGAAAUCCAUGACUUCAAGGACUUUUAUCCCUCCAUAGCAGACCAUUACGCAGAGAUCCUGGAGCACAAGGUCCACUGUGAGAGUGACCUCACACCCGUCGUCGGGGGCUUCGUCGUCGAGAAGUUUGUUGCCACCAUGUACCACUAUCUGCAGUUUGCCUACUACAAGUUAAACGACCUGAAGAAUGCCGUGCCCUGCGCAGUUAGCUACAUGCUCUUUGAUGCCAGUGACGAGGUCAUGAAGAACAAUGUGGCCUACUACCGCUUUCACAAGGACAAAUUUGAUCUUACUGAGGAAGACUUCCUGCCCCGACCGGAAGCUGUCCGGUACUUCAACGUGACGACCAUACAGCAAGAAAUGCUGAAAUUCGCCGAGCAGCAUCUGCGAGGAGAUGAAGAGGCCGAGGUGCUGGAGGUGUUGGACGAGUUGCUGGAAGAGAGAAGUUGAUUGAACCCUCUUUCCCUCUCUCAAAACACACACACAUGGCCUUCUAACAGUGCCCCUCAUUUCUAAAGGGCAUCUCAGGCACCCACGUGGUAUUUAUUUUGAGCCAAAAUAUUCCAUUUUUGUGAGCCUUUGUAGCUUGAGCACCUGUUGAUCAGGCCUGAAACGGCACCACAUGAUUGGUUCCCGUUUGUCACACCUGUUCACCUGCUGAAGUCCACACCUCUUUCUUGUGCCUGCAGCUCAUGGACCACUGGUCAUAUGAGUCCAACACUAACACUUUUUAAAAUAAAAUAUUUUUUGGUGUUUU